UAAACAAAGGCAGGAAGUGCAAACUUGACGUUAAUUUGAAAAUAUAUAACAUUUAAAAAUUUUGAAAAACGAAUAAGAAAUGUGUUUUUUAUAUUUAUUUUCGUAUUAACAAUGUAUAGUGUUUGUUUAACACUUGUCAAAAUGUAAUAUAUAGGUGAAAGCAACCGGCAAGAUUACUCAGGAAAUGAUUCAUGUGAAUACUCAAAACUUUCUUACCACUAAUGAAGAAAUACUGAAAUUAUUAACAACUACAGUCAUGGGUACAACGUACCGCGAUUUAUUUAAAUUAUACGACUUAAUCCAAUGCGGAGAUAUCAGAUUGGUGGAAUCAUUUUUGAGAGGGACCAGAGUAACAAUAAAUGAUAUUGUACCAUGCAAAGGUAUUGGAUUAUUACAUCUAGCUGUGGGCAUAGACCCCAUAGAAAAAUCGAAAAAGUGCACUGAAAUUAUAUUGAGACAUGGUGGAGAUCCAAAUUUAUGCAAUGAUGAUGGCAUUACUCCAGUUCAUAUAGCUGCUAUAUGGGGGAGAGUGGACAACCUGAAACUGUUGAUAGGAUGCGGGGGUGAUCCCUCUCGCAGAGACUUUGAUGGACACUCUGCUUUUGACUAUGCCGCAAGAGAAGAACAGUGGGAUGUGUAUGAUUAUCUACAUAAUGUAAUAGAUCCACUGGAUGAUUCAUUAAGUUCGAAAUGCGCUUAUACUUUAAAUUUGGAGAAAGUAUUGGUGGAAACCGAUCAAAUGGUUGCAGAGUAUGAACCAAUAAUAGAAGAAAGAUUAAGUAAUCUUAAUAUAACAGCUUCAAGAAAGUCUGAUAUGGUACGCGACUGGUGCGAGAAAACCAGUUUAGUUGUAAACAAAUUAUAUCCCACUAUCCUUGGUGAUACAUAUUUAUUAGACAAUGAAUCGGCACCUUGGAAAACAGGUGACUUUACCAAAAACACGACACUAGAUCACACUGAUCUAAAUGUUUCAAAACGGAAAGAAUUCAAUGAUACAAAUAGUAGUUUCAAGACAUGCCUAUCAAAGAAACUGUCAUAUGAAGUGGAUAUAAGCGGUAUAAAACCUUUAGACAAAACUAUGGACCGAAAUAACUGUAGUUGUUCAAAAUCGAAUUCAAAUAAUAAUAGUAGUAGUAGGAGUAAUCGCAUGACUACCUAUGAGAACUUCUCAUUACCAGGAUCUCCAAACAAUAUUACUCAUAAAAAUUACAAUACAAGGACAAACAUAAAGAGGGCAGUGUGUUGUAAGGAAACUGAGAAUCACUUGCUAACUUUCGACAAUUCACAGUCAUUAAUAUCUGAUGAUAGAUCAGUAAAUUUAGACAAGGCUCUGGCUGUCGCACAGAAUAGAACAAAUGAGUGGUUGUCAUUCAGUAGUAACAGUGAUCCAUCAAGAUCUCAUGUGAGAGGUAUGAAUACCAGGAGAUCAUCAGCUAGUAGUGGUGUGAGCAGUAAUUAUUCUGGCGGUAGCAUAAUGAUUGCAAGCAUGCAGGAGGAGUACAAGUACGAGGAUAAAGAAGAAGAUGUAAUGCUAAUCGAGAAGAGACUACUAGUUUCACCGAUAGUUCUUCCUCUAGAAGAUGGAGCUGAUACCACAAAUGUGGAUCAAACAAUCCUAUCAGUGGCAUCCUCGCUCCCGCCGUCUGUACAAUACGACAAUAACACUUUACGAGCAGAGCUGAUUCGCCUUGGUUUCAGACCGGGCCCCAUACAGGACUCUACUAGAACAUUAUAUCUGAAAAAGUUACAGGCACUCAAGAAAAACCCGAUCAUAGUACGCAACCACGGAAAAACCUAUAGCAUCGAAUUGGAGAAAUCACUUAGUAACCAUGACUGGUUGAAAAAUCUUAGUCCAUACAUAGAACUAGAAAAUAAAAUCCGAGCAGAUUUUGCAAAUCCCAACAAAAAAUGGAGAGAGGGCAAUGCAAAAACCUCCUUUACUUAUCUACUCCUGGAUCCGAGAAUUACUGACAACCUACCAGCAAAAUCUGGCAAGCAGCCCGACCAUGUGACAUGGAUUACAUUCAUCAAUUCUAUAUUUUAUGUUGGCAAAGGUAAGCGAUCAAGACCAUAUUCUCAUCUAUACCAAGCAUUAACUCUCUGGAAACGCGACUUCAAUUCGUCAAAUGACAAAAAAGUCCAGCACAUUCUGGACAUCUGGUCACACAAGGUAGGCGUCAUAUGUCUCCACAUUUUCCAGAACGUCAUACCAGCUGAGGCGUACACAUACGAAGCGGCUAUGAUCGACGUUCUAGGGUUGCCUAACUUAAAAAAUCUAAAAUGCGGUAAUUACUACGGUGUUGCCGCGUCUUGGCCUUUAAAAGAGCGGCGAAUGCUCGGAUUGUAUUUACUAUACAAGGCGUUACAAAUAUUCCUCAGUGAAGGCGAAAGACAAUUAAGGCCUGGCGAUAUAGACUGAUUUAUUGUAUUACCAUUAGGAAAAUUAAUUGAAGGUAUUCAACAAAUCUUAGUACACUGUAUUA